AGAUGCACUUGUCAGAGGACAGAGGCACGACGGUCCAGGAGUUCUACAGGGGAGCCAAUGUUCUGAUCACGGGUGGAACGGGGUUCAUGGGCAAAGUUCUGGUGGAGAAACUGCUCCGGUCCUGCCCACAUCUCAGCAGCAUCUACCUGCUGGUCCGAAGCAAGAAAGGCAAGGACGUAGGACUCAGGAUGCAGGAAAUUUUCGAGGACCCGCUGUUUGAAAAGUUGAGAGAAGUACAGCCUGGCUUCAGAGAGAAGAUCCUUCCUGUGGAAGGCGACUCCUCAAAGGCGGGUCUGGGUUUGAGUCCUGACGACAGACAACGCAUUGUGGAUAAUGUGCACAUUGUGUUCCACAUGGCAGCCACUGUUCGAUUCGACGAGAAGCUGCAAAUCGCCACAGCCAUCAACGUGGUUGGCACUCGAAAGUUGCUACUGCUAUGUCGGGACUGUCCCAACAUCAAGGUGGUGGUUCAUGUAUCCACCGCGUUCAGUCACUGCCACCGCACAUCCAUCGACGAAGAGUUCUACGACCCGCCCAUCACUGGCGAGGGGAUUGUACAGUUAGCCGAAAUCUUCGACGAUAAUACUUUGACCACCAUUACUCCAAAGAUUUUGGGUGCCUGGCCGAACACAUACACUUAUACCAAAGCAAUAGCUGAAGAUAUAGUGAGGACUGUCGGCAAGGAUCUUCCUGUCGGAGUGUUCAGACCCUCCAUCAUCUUGUGUACAAGGAGUGAGCCUGUGCCAGGGUGGAUUGACAACCUGUAUGGACCGACAGGAGCAGUGGCGUGUGUGGGUCUCGGGAUGAUUCGCACCAUGCACUUUAAAGGAAAAAUGGUGGGGGAUAUGGUUCCCUGUGACAUGGCAGUUAAUGCCCUCGUUACUUCUGCCUGGCAUAUCCAUGAGCAGCGAAGCAGAUCUGGCACUGGAGCUAUUCCUGUAUACAACUACGUGUCUUCUUGUGAGAAUCCGAUAAGCUGGAGCGACUUUUCUAACACGAACAUAAGCUGGCAGGUACCAUUUGAUAGCGCAGUGUGGAUGGUUACUCUUACCGAGGUACAUGUGCACUCCUUGUACAAAUUGUAUGCAUUGCUGAUUCACCUUCUUCCAGCACUAAUAGGAGACAUUGCCCUGCUUAUUUUGCGACAAAAGCCCAGGUUCAUGAAGACCUACAAGAAACUGCACAAGUUUACAGAUGUCAUUUCAUAUUUCUGCACAAGACAAUGGAAGUUUUCCAACCAGAAUGUGCAUCACAUGUGGAGCAAACUCAGUGAAGAUGACCGAAAGAUUUUUGACUUCAACAUCAGUAACCUAAAUUGGGAUCUGUACUUGAGGCAGGGUCUCAUGGGACUCCGCACAUUUGUGCUCAAGGAAGACCCAAAGAAACUCCCAGGAGCUAUCAGGAAGAGAUACAGGCUGUACUGGCUCCAUCAGUGUGUGAAGUUCUUUUUCUUCUUCAUAUUUUUGUGGCUGUGUUGGCUGGCUACUACCUCUAUUUUAUGGUUGAAUGGAGAACCUGCAACUGUAGGAAAACAGUUCAUGAACAAGUUGUCUUGAACACUGAAGCUCAUACAGCUAAUACUUGGCAUGGUAUACAAUGGGUCUGAAUGAAUCUACGUUUUUAAUAAUAGGUUAAUAAAUAAAAAUUAUAUAUUUGGUAAGAUCAGUGUUUCGAUUUUAAAGUCCUUGUAUUUCUUUCAUUUUGACCUGAUGUCAAGGACAAUUUGAUGCCUGUGAAGAUUAGGUAAAGAUCUAUACUGUAUAUUUGUAUAUAUUUGGUAUCAAUGGAUUUACUGUGCCUACAUAAAUUUUAAAGCAUUUGCGUGGUUGUUUGUGUUUUUAAAUAAAGGUGAAUAAUGUGUA